AUGCAGGCUCCUCCGCAGCCCCAGGCGCAGUUCUACGCGCAGCAGCAGCAGCAGCAGCAGCAGAUGAACCCGUACGCGAUGUGGCCGCAGGCGAUGAUGAACCCGUACAACGGCAUGUACCCCGGAUACAUGGGCGCUGGAUACGGCGCCGCGAACGCGGGCGCCGACGCGAGCGCCGCGGUCAAGGCCGAGGCUGGGAAGACGGGCUUCGACCCCGCGCAGCUCGCGCAGUGGCAGCAGACUGUCGCCGCGCAGCAACGCGCGCAGAGCGGCGCCGCGGCAGCGCAAACCGCCGCCGUCGCCUCCAAAGCCGGCGGGGUCGGCGGCGUGACGAACGGCACGAACGGGGCACCCGAGAUGUGGAUGGACGAGAGAGAGCUGAAGCGGCAGCGACGGAAGCAGUCGAACCGCGAGUCCGCGCGAAGGAGCCGGCUGCGCAAGCAGGCCGAGUGCGAGGAACUCGGCGGGCGCGUCGACGCGUUGUCGACGGAAAACAUCACCCUGCGCGCGGAGCUGAAACGGCUAAAGGACGCGUGCGGGUCCCUCGAGACCGAUAACAAGACGCUCGCGGACAAGCUCAAGGUGAUCAAGGGGGAUGAUGUCGAGGCUGCGGCCGAGGGCGGGAAGAAGACGUCGCCGACGAAGAAGGGGGGGAAAGCCGCGGACGCGGAUGGCGGGAAGGACUGAACGAGUCGACGAUCGAUCGAUCGAUCGUACGUUUGAUCGUCCUCCCCCGGGAUGACGACCGACGCCAUUAGCACGACGCACGCAGCACGCAUAGAGUAG